AUGAAUUUUAAAGACAGCACAAAAAAACAAGAACAUAGUCAUACCACUUCUACAACUUUGAACAUCGACAUACCUAUUCAAAAAGAAGAUAGAGAUAGAGAUAUAGAUAGAGAAAUAGAUCAGAUUAAUGAAGAAUUUAAUCAAUUAUAUAAAGAUGGUCAAGAAAGAGGACAUGUUGGAAGAAAUCCUUUAAAGGUAUCAAGAUCAUUAGACUUGGAUUCAUUCUUGACAAAUAGUAUCUGCGAUGAAGAAGAACAAGAUGAUAAUGGUACUAGUCUUGCUUUAUCACCAUCUACACCAAGAUAUCAACCUAGUAAACCUAGUCAUUCAACAUUAGAGACCCCUCGAUGUGUCAAUGUACUAUUAUCACCUCAAAGAAUUAGAGCUCAUUCAUCUCCUUCAAAAGUGAACAAUAACCAAUACAAUAACAACAAAUCAUUUAAAUUGCAACAACAAAACAACAAUUUAAUAGAGUUAAAUGAUGAUUCAGAAGAGAUUACUACGAUUACAAUAACACCUCCACAAUUAAAUAGUCCAAAAAAUUAUUCAAGUGUUACAAAUAGUCCCAUUUCAACACCUGGCACAUCUUCACCACCAAUAUUAUUAUCACCUACUGGUUCGGUUAAAUUAAGAUCUAGAAAUACAUCACUCUCUUAUAAUAGUUCAAUGGUGAUUACUAAAUCUCCACCUACAUUGUCACCAUCGUCUUCCUCUACUUCGGUUGCUAUCCCAAACAUACAAAAUAUCAUCAAACGUUCAAACACUGAUCCCAUUCAUCCAUCGUUUUUUUAUCCCGACUCUCCUAUUGGUUCACCUCAAGUAAUGAGAGUUGAAAAUAAACAAUUAAAUGAAUAUGAAAUGGAAUUUUCAAGACCAAAUUUAAUAGUUGAUAAUGAUGAAUCAAAUAUUAGUUUACCAUACAAUUUCCAACAUAUUAAACAUGUUGAUAAAACCAACAAAAGAGAUGUGGAAGAUUAUAUCAUCGAGAAACAUGGUAACCUUAAACAAGGGUGGUUGGGUCUAAGAGUCAACAAUAAUUCAUCAACUGUUAAAUCAAGAUAUUUUGUUAUUCAAGAUUCAAAAUUAACUAUUUAUAAAGAUAAUAAUAUGGAUAAAAUUAAAUUAUUAGUAAAUAUUUAUGAUGUAAUGGUAUAUCCAGAGAAUAAUGGAUUAGAAUUAAAAAUUACUUUAUUAAAUCAAGAACAGAAUAAUAAUAAUAAUCCAUCAUCAUUGCUUGGUAAAAUAUCAAUGAAUCAAAUUGGACAAAAGAAUUGGAAUAUGAUUGCUACUAGCCCAUUUGAAAUUAAGAAUUGGUGUAAAGCAUUAUUAAGUGAUGGCGCUACUUAUGGAGUACUAUUAGACUAUGAAAAAAAGAUAAAAGAAAUCAAGAAACAAAAGGAUGAAGAGACAUACAUUCAACAAUCAAGAUUAAAUAGAUUACAAGGAAAAAGAACUAGUUUGGAACUUGGUAAACCACUACAAGAUGAUCAAUUACUUUUCUUGGAUUGGGUAUGCAACCAUAAAAUCAUUUCAGAUCACCAUUCAUCAUCGUUAAAAAAGGUAAUCAUUCAAUUGGAAUUUAUUAUUCAUGGUGAUUAUCAUCAAGACCAACCCUAUUAUUAUUCAAGUUGGACUAUUCAAAGAUCUCUUGAUCAAUUAAAAACUUUUUAUAAAAUGGUAAGUCGUAGUAGUAGUAGUUUUAUUAAAAAUAUUUUAAAUCAAAAAGAAAAAAAUGAUGAAAUUGGAAAAAAGGAUUCAUCUUCUUUUUCCACUUUAUUCAAAUCAAAUUCAAUCAGUACAAUUGAACAACUUGACCAAAACAUUGGUAGAUUUAUAAAGAUGAUGGUUGGUGACAUUGAAAACAAAAGGUCAAUGUUGGAGAAUCCAAAAUUAAGAAAAGAGUUUAUUAAAUUCUCUUCACCAUUGCAAUGGAAUGAUAUUAAACCUGUAUCUUUUGUUUAUCCAAUCAACCCCUCCUAG